CGGUCUGGUGGGUGUUCAGGCAGCUGUAUGAUAAAGGUCUGGUGUACCGCGGGGUGAAAGUCAUGCCCUUCUCUACCGCCUGUAACACGCCACUGUCCAACUUUGAAUCUAACCAGAACUACAAGGAUGUGCAGGAUCCGUCAGUGAUAGUGAACUUCCCUCUUCUGGAGGAUGAGAACGUGAGUCUGAUCGCCUGGACAACCACCCCCUGGACUCUGCCUAGCAACCUGGCUCUCUGCGUCAACUCAGAGUUGCAGUAUGUCAAGGUCAAAGACAACAGCACUGGGAAGGUGUACAUUAUGAUGGAGGCCAGGCUGGUGGCACUCUUCAAGACAGAGGAGGAAUACACCAUCAUGGACAAGUGA